GAGCUCUCCAAAACUUUUUGCCAGUUCUCUCAUUAGACUAGGCAGGAGGAACAGGGGAUUAAGGAUGAAGAUCCUUUUUUUAUCCACCUUCUCCAUUUUUUUCUUGUCUGCUUUUUAUCCAGCAGACUCUUCUGCUCAUUAUGACAAGAUUUUGUCCCAUAGUCGAAUCAGGGCACGUGAACAGGGUCCAAAUGUCUGUGCUCUUCAGAAAGUUAUGGGCACCCAAAAGAAAUAUUUCAGCACCUGCAGAAACUGGUAUCAGGGAACGAUCUGUGGGAAGAAAGCAACAGUCCUAUAUGAAUGCUGCCCUGGAUACAUGAAGAUGGAUGGAAUGAGAGGCUGCCCAGCAGUUGCUCCUAUUGACCAUGUUUAUGGUACCUUGGGCAUUGUGGGAGCAACUUCCACCCAACGGUAUUCUGACAUGUCAAAGCUGAGAGAAGAAAUUGAAGGAGGGGGAUCAUACACAUUCUUUGCACCGAGCAAUGAAGCAUGGGAACUGUUGGACAGAGAAAUUCAUAGUAAUUUGAUUGACAAUGUAAAUAUUGAACUGUACAAUGCCCUCCACAACCAUAUGAUAAACAAGCGCAUGUUGACAAAGGAUCUUAAGAAUGGCCUUAUGCUUGUAAGCAUGUACAAUGAUCAGCAACUGUUUAUUAAUCAUUAUCCGAAUGGGGUUGUUACUGUUAACUGUGCCAGAAUCAUCCAUGGCAACCAGAUUGCUACAAACGGUGUCGUCCAUGUCAUUGAUCGUGUUCUGACCCCUGCUGGAACCACCAUUCAAGACUUCCUUGAAGCUGAGGAUGAUGUUUCGUCUUUUAGAGCUGCUGCCAUUACAUCUGAUGUACUGGACACACUUGGAAAGCCAGGCCAUUACACACUCUUUGCUCCCACUAAUGAAGCUUUUGAAAAACUUCCACGGGGAGUCUUGGAAAGGAUCAUGGGCGAUAAGGUGGCCUCUGAAGCUCUCGUGAAGUUCCAUAUUUUGAACAGUCUCCAAUGCUCUGAAGCCAUCAUGGGUGGAGCAGUCUACGAGACUUUGGAAGGGAAUACAGUUGAAGUAGGUUGUGAUGGUGAAAGCCUAACCAUAAAUGGAGUCAAGAUGGUAAAACGCAAAGACAUUGUGACAACCAAUGGUGUUAUCCACCUCAUUGACAGUGUGCUGAUUCCUAACUCUGCCAAGCAAGUUAUUGAGCUUGCAGGUGAACAGCAGACCACCUUCACGGACCUUAUGGCACAGCUAGGAUUGGCUUCUUCUCUAAGGCCAGAGGGAAGGUACACUCUGCUGAUUCCUCUGAAUGGUGCUUUCUCUGAUGACAUUUUGAGGAUGGACCAACGCCGCCUUAAAAUCAUCUUGCAAAACCACAUUUUGAAAACGAAAAUUGGCCUUGGUGAGCUCUACAAUGGACAAAAAGUGGAGACCUUGGGAGGAAAAGUUCUCAGAAUCUUUGUAUAUCGCACAGCUGUAUGUGUUGAAAAUUCAUGCAUGGUGAGAGGAAGCAAAGAGGGAAGAAAUGGUGUUAUUCACAUUUUCAGACAGAUCAUCAAACCAGCUGAAAAGUCACUGCGUGAAUUAUUAAAGAAUGAUAAGCGCUUUAGCAUUUUCUUUAGUCUGGUGAAAGAUGCUGAUUUAGAUGCUAUUCUGUCAGAACCUGGAGAAUGGACUUUGUUUGUCCCAACUAAUGAUGCCUUUAAAGGUUUGUCUGAUGAAGAAAGGGAAACACUGAAAAGGGACAAAAAUGCUCUCAAAACCAUUCUUCUUUAUCACCUGACAAAAGGAGUUAACAUUGGAAAUGGUGUUGAACCUGGUGUGACAAACAUUCUUAAAACAGUACAAGGAAGCAAGCUGUUCUUGAAAAUGGUAAAUGACACACUUCUGGUGAAUGAACUGAAAUCAAAAGAAUCUGAUCUCAUGGCAACCAAUGGUGUAAUUCAUGUUAUAGAUAAACUCUUGUACCCAGUUGAUGUACCAGUUGGAAGUGAUCAGUUACUCAACAUCCUGAAUAAGCUGAUUAAAUACGUUCAGAUUAAGUAUGUUCGUGGGAGCACCUUCAAAGAGAUUCCCCUGACAUUUUUCACCACUAUUAAAGUGAUUGAAGGCAACGUCCAGCCCACCAUCAGAAAAGAGGCAGGUAGAAAAACCAUGAAAGUAGGUGGUGGUGCAACAAUUCGAAAAGAAUUCACAGAAUUGAUCGACGGGGAAGGCGAGACAAUAACGAAAGUGAUUCAAGGAGAGCCUAUUAUUAAAAAAUACAGAAAAAUAAUUAAUGGACAGCCUGUGGAGGUGACUGAAAAAGAAGUGACAGAAGAAAGAAUUAUUCAAGGUCCUGAAAUCACAUAUACCCAAAUUACUGCAGGUGGUAGAGGAGAUGCUGAGGAAAAAUUGAAGAAAUUGCUUGAAGAAGAGGUUACCAAGGUGACCAAAUUCAUUGAAGGUGAUGGUCAUUUACUUGAAGAUGAAGAAAUCAAAAGACUCCUUCAGGGAGCUGGAACUGAGUACACCAAGGUUACUAAAGUAAUUGAGGCAGAACCACAGAUUAUCGAGAGAGAAAUCAAGGAAUUCCAUCUGGAAGAAGCAACAGGGAGGAGAGGACAACCACCCAAAAGAGUACCAGGAUCACCACGUAGGAGGACAAGGCUAGUUCGUCCUUAAGAGCUUUCCAGUGUGAUACAAUCCAUAGAACUAAAAAUGAAUGGCCUGAUCUUUGAGAGGGAAAUAAGUUGUUUUUUGAAUAAAAUCAGAAGGAAUGUGUCAUUUGCUAAACAAUUAUAAACUGAACCAUGAGCCUACAUAACGAGUCUGAUUGUGUAAACAUUCACUACUGGGCAUAGUGUUUGCUAGUGUGAGUAUUCUAUUAAAGUAAAUUAGACCUUUCUUGGUAGUAAGCACUAUUUUGGGUGAAAUGUUGGCCUCAGGGAAGUCAAUAGAAAAACUUCCAUUAACUUCAGUGGAGCCAGGAUUUUACCCUGUGCCUGAUAAUAAGUGUUUACAGUAUUGGGCUCAAACUGAGCAGGGAACACUUCAGAAUGUAAAUUUUAUUCUUUCUUAUAAAUUAGAAAUAUAAAUGAAAUUAGAUCUUUUCUAGAAAUAUAUAAUUUAGGUAACUUGAUGAUGGGUAAUCUAGGGAGAGCUCUAUAAACCUAGCACUUUUGGUUCAGUAAUACUAAGCAUGUUUAUUUCAACUUUUGUCAUGGUUUUAAUGUCAUUGUGACACCAACAACAUUACCUUUUCUGAAUUAGCAAGUAUACCAUGUAGUAAAUAUAGCAUCUAGUUCUGCAUUACAUAUUCAAACAUUUCCUGAUAAUAUGGUUAAAGGAUGUUCUAAAAAUAUCACAAAUGAGUUUCCUAAAAUUUGAUGUAGGAUUAUGUUGGCUACAUUUUUAUCUAUUGAUAAAAAAUAAUUCCUAUGAUAGGAAUCCUAAAGCAAACACAAAAUUUAAGAUAAUGGGAUAAUAUUUUAAGUAAGUAUGAGCCCUUGAAUUGUUAAAACAUAAGGGAUAAAUAAAAUGCAUGCAAACCGUUACCUCUGCAUGGAAACAAGCAUGACAAUAUCUGGGGCUGGUAUGAAAGCUUUUAUAUCGAAACAUGCUUUGCUAAUGUUUGUUAUUAAUGUGGGUUUGUUUGUAAAUUAUGUCAUUUUUAUAACUCUAGUUUUGUACUCAUAAAAUGUUUAAGUUGUAUGCUUUUUGCAAUAUUUUUAAUGUCAAAUGUUGGAAUGAAUUAUUUGAGAAGAAAGAACAAACAUUUCUUCAAGGUGCCUUAAUUCUGUGGAACCCAGGUUUAAGUGGAGUCAUUACAUGUGCUAUUAUUCUUCUGUUUUGAAACAAAUACUCAUUAAAAACUGGCUGAAUUAUGCAUC